GAGAACGUUAGUUGACGCUCAGCUGUGGACGUGGGAGGUGUGCUGUGCCGGGCCUGUGCGUGUGGCUAUGUUUUAAUGUGUCCCUUGAACCGGAAUCUAUUAAACAAACAUCAGUGUGGAUAGUACGAGUGCUUGGCGUGUUGGGUGAGCCAGGGACGGGAAGGGAACAGCGCCGCGGCAUGGCUACGGGAAGAAGACGAAUACAGCAAACAACAACGAUGACAACAACAAGGAUGACAACACUGGUGGCAACACUCCUCCUACUGUCCCACUUCACCCCUGGGACCUCAGGCUUCUCCUUGGGGGCCCCUGAUACCACCUGUGGGAACCUGGAACCAGCUCACGGCGUCCCUAGGCAGAGGACCCCCGCCCCUUACACCCUAACUCCCUCGGCGGUGGAGAUCGAGGGUGGCAAGCAGCUUCUGGUAACACUGCAGGCCGCCGAAGGGACCGCGUUCAAGGGGUUUCUGGUGCAGGCGCGGAAUUCCGAUACUCAGGAGGUGGUCGGAACUUUCUUCACAACGGACCACAAAUACCUUAACUGCGAGAAUGGCAUGAAUAACGCCGUCACCCACCAAGGACCUGCCAGCAAAUCCAAGGUCACCCUCACGUGGGAGGCGCCCUCGGACUUCAGCGGCGAUGUGGUCUUCACCGGCUCCUUUGUGCAGCAGCGAACGAUCUUCUGGGUGGGCGUCCCAUCAGAGAAGGUCACCGUCAAGAGGUCAGCACCGCCUCCACCACCAGCAGAAGUAGCCCCUGAAACUACCACCCCCACCACCACCACAACAACAACAACAACAACAACCACCACCGCACCAAUAUCACCUUCUGUAAGCCCCUCCGCUGAGCCAGGUCGUGAGGUGAAUGCAGGUGAUGUGGUCAUAAAUGUGGUUGAUGCACCUAAUAGUUCAGAUGUAGAUGAGAAUGACCUCCAAGCAGUUACUCCUCAGGGCGAUUCUGCUCCCCCGCCCACCACUCUCCCCCCAUCUCCUUCCCCCUUCCCCUCCUCCACCCAUAUUAUCCCCACCCCUAGUUUGGUUAGUACAGAGAGUAGUGUUCCUAGUGAAGCGAAUGUUGGUGAGCAGGCAGCGGCAGAGGAGGAAACAGCAACAGAGGGAGAGGCACUAGAGGAUGAGGAACCCUUGCCAGAUUUGCCGUCAAGCCCCAAGCCGGCCCGAGACCCUCCGAACCGCAAGUUUGGUCUGCUGGGACGGAGACGCACCACCAGCACCUCCAGCACCAGCACCACCACCACCACUACCGCCAGACCCCGGGAGCCCAGUCAAGAUUUGUCCCCAGAGGCCGCUAAGCUGGAGCGAGACUUGAUCAACAUUUACGAUGCUUGUGGCAGCGAGAAGGGCUGUUUCGGCUUCCCCUCGGCAUGUGAGGACACCAAGACGUGCUCCUUGUUGGUCACCUACUCCAAGGUGUCGUCUGGCUACAAGUUUGAGAUCAUGGGGAGCAGCACGGCAGGCUAUGUGGCUGCCGGCCUAUCCGAUGACGAGAAGAUGGGGACCGACAGUGUGAUGGCGUGCACUGUGUCCGGCUCACAGGUGGAUGUUGUCAUGGGCUACAACAACGGCAAGAGUAAUGAGCUUCUGGUGGAUAGCAAGAUGGGGCUGAGUGAGAUCCAGGCGGGUGUGGUUGACGGCAAGACAUACUGCACCUUCGUCCGAGAUGCUUACACCGAGAUCACCGGCAACGUGUUUGACCUCGAUAACAAACGCUUCCACCUCAUGCUGGCCACUGGACCCAUCUCUGCCAAUGGCCUGAGCUACCACGACCAGCGCACAGUUUCCUCCGGCACGGUGGCGAUGGAUUCCUUUGAGUCAGUGGCGGCCCGGAGUGACCUGUUCCGCACCCUGCACGCUUGCUUCAUGGUCGGGGCGUGGAUCUGCGCUGCCUCGUGUGGCAUCAUGGUGGCCCGCUACUACAAGAAGACCUGGAUGAGGCACCGCAGCUGUGGCAUCGACCAGUGGUUCCAUCUCCACCGUUUCUUCAUGGGACUCACCUGGUGCUUGACGAUUGCCGGCUUCGUCCUCAUCGCUUACUAUGUCGACGGAUGGACCGAGAUCGAGCCUCACGACAACCCACACGCCAUCAUUGGAAUAGUGUCCAUAUGCCUCUGCUUCAUCCAGCCCUUCAUGGCGCUGUGUCGCUGUGCCCCAACAAGCAAGAACCGCCCCUUCUUCAACUGGUUCCACUGGUUUGUCGGUAACGCGGCGCAGAUUCUCGGCAUCACCGCCAUCUUCUUUGGGUAUGACCUGAUCGGUUCGCCGAAGUGGGUCGUCUUUAUCCUCAUCAUCUUCAUUGCCUUCCACUGCAUUGUCCACCUCAUCCUCUCGGUUGGGCAGUGCAUGAGCGAUUCCCGAGCAGAGUCCAGCAGCAACGUGUACCCCAUGAAGGAACUGAAUGGCAGCCGCACUCCCCUCCAGCCCACGGACAAGAACACUGAUGCUCCAGGCGCCUCGUUCCGCAAGGUGAUGCUCUUCUUCUACUUCCUCGGGAACUUCCUCAUCACCGCCGCCCUCCUCGUCGUCAUCAUCGUGCCCAUUGACAUACUCAAAAAGCAUGGCAUCAUCUUCUGGGAGGACUGAGGGGCAGGCUACAGAAAGACCCACAGCAGGGAGUUUGGUCUGGUCUGAAUGGGCAAUUGCGUUCAUUACUAAUAUAUAAGUUUGGAAUCUGCUGCAAUGGAAGUGUGUGUGGGGAUAAGUAGUAGUGAUAGUAGCUGUAGUAGUAGUAGUAGUAGUAGUAGUAGUAGUAGUAAUAGUAAUUGUGUAGAAGGCAAAAUGGCACUUCCUUCAGGAUGUUCUUUGAGUAUCUGAUGUGUGUAGAGCAAGGCGGAGCAAAACCUUUGAGAAAGUAAUUUUUUAACACAUUUUUUAGGUCUGAGAUACGUAUAGUAAUGUGCAAUUUCUUUCACUUUGAUAUUCGUCGAGUUUGUAACAAAUUAAAAGAAUGGCAGUAAUCAAGGAGACGGUUCAGCAAGUUCUCAAGGUUGGUUGUGUUAUCAAUCGGGUGGAAGAAGUGACGAGUGGGAUGAAAUGUUUACUGUCCAGAGCCCUGCCGUGGAGUGCAGGGGUAGGGGGCGGAGGCUGUGACGUUUGUUGGGGUGGAAGUACUUCUCCCUUCUGCCGAUCAGUGGAGCCUCUCCCCUCCAGCCAUAGUGCUACCCAAAUGUGCCUAUUAUUGUGAAAACCCUUUACAUAUUAUGAUAUAUUUUACCCGAUGCGAUAAUGUGAUAAUAAAUACAUUGUCAGUGGUGAGAAAGAUAAUCCUGUCAAAUUUGUCACCAAAAUCAUAGGUGCAUAUGUUGACCUGGAUAUGUAUAUUUUUUUCCCCAGAGGUCGUCAAACUAAGGCAUGUUGUCUUGACCCUGUGACGUGUACAGUUCAAGAAGCUCAACAUUGGUUCGCAGUAAUUAACUUGUUGAGCUUUAUUAUCUACAGAACUCACAAACCACACACAUGUUCUCCAAUAAUCUUAACCCAGUAGCAGCGGGGAUCAUGUUUCUUAAUGGUCCCUCCAAGCGAGAAAAAUGAGAAAAAAUCACCCCUCACACAAGCCAUUUCAUAAUAUAUAUCAAAGCAUUUGUGAUCAGAUUAUGUAUCCUCUAUUUUUUGGGGUUAUAUCAUGGCACAAAUUUGGCCCGUCGCUGCUGCUGGAUUAAAUAAUGGAGCUAUACACUUCAUGACUAGCCAGUGAUAUCUGAUCAUGAAAAUUAGGGUUUCUAAGACAAUCUAAAGCACCUGGGACAAACAAGUGUCUGGAAACAAACCUUUAAUCUUACUCAGUUCAUUAAAAUAUAAAGUGAAAGAAAAGUAUCCCAUAACAUUGUGCCUAAGUUGAUUCUCAUUGUACAUUUAAAAUCUGACUUAUUUUAAACUUCAAUCAGAAAAAAAUAUAUUUCAAUUUGGAUAUGCAUUAAUUUCAGCCCUGAGCACUUUGCCAAGGCUGUCCUGGUCUUUGGUUCACCACUAUGUGUAUAUAUGAACUAUAGCGUGUAUUUACAAGAUUUUUUAUCCCUUCCUGUCUGUAUAUGUCAGUAUGAGUAUAUAAUCCUUUGUAUAGGCGAGGCAAUUCAAGACCCUUCCCUUCCUUCCCUUGCACCCAUCACCUUGAGUGGCUGCUGCUGCUCAUCUAGAAGUUAUUAUUUUGCACUGGUAGACUAGGGAGCGUUCACCAUACAUGUGAAUCAUACCAACUAUAGUCACUGGACACAAAGUUGGUCCAGGAGCCCCACCCUCUCCCUCACCCUCCCUCCAGGGUAUCUAUGACUCCUAACUCCAGGCUCCUUUCAUCCAGCCAAUCAGCUCAUAUACCAAGCUCUGUUCCAACAACCAUACAUAGAAAACUGGACUGCUGAAUUGCUAUUUGAAGACCACAUUUACAAAGAAGUGAAACCGGUUCUGUAUAAGUUUUGGGGGAAAAAACGGAAAAGCAGCAGACUACAGCCACCCAAGAAUGGACAAGAGGAAGCAAAGGGGAGGCCGUUGCAAAGGCUAUCUCCCCGACCAUCACUGAACUGGUACCUAUUGAAGAGGAGACGGAGCUUCUGGACCAACUUAGGGUACAGUGACUCUAGUACUCAUACCAGAAAAAAACCAGUGCUGUGGAAAAUGGAGCUGGGGCUGGGAGUUGAAAGGUUGUCAGAGUAAUUGUUUACCAGUCUUUAUUUUGACUAAUUCAUGCUCUUCCCUCGGUGGGUUCGUUUACGUGUGUGAAUAUUAAUUGGUGGUGAACUCACCCUCACGGACCUGAAGGCUGAGGAAGGGUGACUCAUAUUGCCUCAUCUUACCCAACCUGUUUUACAUAGGAUCUACAAGCACAAGUAAAAGUUUAGGUAUAUGCAUAUUUUUGUAUGAAUUAUAUUGACAGUAGUAUUUUGGAUGGUAUGGGAUGAAGUGAAUUCAUUUAUAGUUUCGAAGUUCACCGCUCAAAAUUAUGUAAUGGCAUGGAGGGAAACUUUAGAUGUUUCUCCUUGUCCUGCCACCCUCUGUUACCCUCACCUCAGAUAACACCCACCCACACACACCCACACCCACCCACACACACACACACACACACACACACACACACACACACACACACACACACACACACACACACACACACCUGUAGACAACAUCAACAUGCAUCAUUUCACAGCUCAGUGCUUUAUUAAACACGCACAGGACUCCGUUAUUAUAAUCAUUGUAACCACACGUGCAGUACUGUUAUUAAGUUCCUUACUAUAUACUGUACCACACCUUCAGAUUGUUUUACAGGUCGCAUCUUCAGUAUAAUGUAUGAUAACACCGCUCCAUAACUACAUAAUAUAUACUGAUCACUGUGUACUCAAUCAUAUUCAAACUGCAUGCAACACACUGCUUUAUGAAGUUACCCUCUACUGCUACAACACAGAAAAUACUAUAAAUAAAUACACUGUUUGUUAUCAGUAAGAAAACUCUAUUAGGCCAAAGGUUGAACUGUAAAAAUAGAAGGCUAGUUACACACUACUCCAGUGAAGUGAAGAAUGCUGCCAAAGAUUCUAGAGACUCCAAGGACUCUUUAAAGAUUCUCAACUCUUUGAAUGCCACCGUGACAUGCAUAAACAGUGGCAUGUUUAAUCAUGAGAAACUUAAGGAGAGGGAGGAAGGAGAAAAAGGCGCUCAGGUCUCAGGAUAUGGCUCAGUAGAAGGCAUUUGUGGGUACUCAUUUUACUUUUCAUCAUUUUAUUUUAUUUUUUUCUGAGCAGUGAUAAAUUUGAAGUGAAUAUUGGCUAGAAAAAAAGAAAUGGGACCUUGACUGAAUGGUGGCCCUACCGAAAUAUGCUCCUAUCAAUUAUUUUCAUCAUUUUUUCUUUAGCAAUGAUAAAUUUGAAGCAGUAAUUGAUUAGAUAAAAGAGAUGGGACCUUGACUGAAUAGUGGCUGUACUGAUUUAUGCUCCUAUCAAUUAUUCAUUAUUUUUUUCCUUGAGCAAUAAUAAAAUGUAAACAGUAAUUUGUUAGAGAAAAAGGGAGCUCUCGACUGAGUGGGCAUACUUAUAUAUCUAUCUUCAAAUAAAUGAUAACUAAUAGUAUAUCAUCUUUGUCAACAUACUUAGCAGGUUAUAUUCCCUCUCAACAUGUUUCAUUGUCAGUGUGUGGCUGGUUUUUGGUUUAACUUUUUUUUUUACCGUAAAGGAAGCAGCUUAAGGGGGGAAAAGAAGUGCUGAGUGCUGCUCCUGUAUAAAAAGAAUCAUUUGUGUGGUGAAAAAAAUAAGAGGAUCAAAUUUGGUUGUAGAGGUGUAUGUCUAUUUACUCUAUGGUUGUGUCACACUUUCCCUUUCUUUCCUAAACCACAGAAAAAAAACACAUUUCCUUCCUCUCCCAAAAAGGUAAAUCUUGCCCGUUUUAACUCCAUUCUUCUCGAUAUUUUAAUCUUUAUUUCUAAGUUAAUCAUGUAACUAUAUGUAGGUACCAGAUGAAGAUCGAGGUGAGUUGUGGGUUUUUCACUCAUUAUCUGUAUAUACUGUAUGUUGUAUGUAAUUAAUAAAGAAAAAGGCUAUGUAUUUAUUUGUCAGAUACUGUGUCUAUUAACUAUGUGGUGUUCUAGCUGCCCACACAAGUCCAUGUAGAUUACUAUAAAAUAAAUUAUCUCUACAGUCUA